AUAUUUCAAAAUUGAUACAUAUCAAGACUAGAUAUAUUCAAUGCAUUGAUCAUCCAAUUAUACUUAAUAUAUUUUUUUAUUGCAUUGAAUUCAUGUUUUCAAGAUAUUAAGAUUUUAUCAUUCCAGUGUCAUGUUCAAGCACUAAUUUGAUAAUUGUGUAAAUAAAUUGUAAUAUUAGUAAUGAUGAAAUUUCAAUAUAAAUUAUAAAAGAAUACAUUCGAUAAAUGCGAAUUUUUGAUAUUAUUAUAUUAUGUCAUAAAUCAUAUGUUUUGUGAAAUUGUCAUUUUAAAAAUUGUAAAUUUCAGAAUGUAAUAUCUAUAUUUUUGUAUAUUAAAAAUUAAGACAUUGUAAUUUUAGAAGAAAAAUGAUGAAAAAUAUUCAAUUGAUUUCCUUUAUCUCAUUUAUAAUCAUGUAUAAAAAAAAAAAUAUAUACAGAAAGAGAAUAAAUAAUGAAGAAAAAGAGUAGAAAUAAAAUAAAAAUUCAGGAAUCAACACUAUCUCUAAAAUGUCGUUAAUGAAACAUAAAUAUAGAAAAAAUGAGAAAAUAAUAAAAAAAAAAAUGAUGACAAAUAUAAAAUAGGAAUUAUUUAUCAAUACCACUUCGAAUACUUUUAGAAAUAUUUUUAACAUUUAAGAAAUGUCAAUUUUCUGUACAUUCUAUUUUAUUUUGUCUUUAAAAAAAUAUUUUUAUCAAAAGAUGAUGUUCAUGGUAAAUUCUUAUUCUAUUUCUAUCCUUGUCUAUAUUGAUUCUUGAGUUUUUAUUUUCUCUUUCGCCCACUUUCGUUUGUACUUAUUCUACAAAACUUGUGUUGAAGCAAUGAUUCCGAUAUUUAAUUAACUUUAUUAUCCUUUUUUGUCUAUUGAUUAAAAAUUUUAAUUUAUAAAAUAAUAAAAAUUGAUUAAAAAAUCAACUAUUCGAUUCAAUUUUUAUAUAUAAAAAAUUUAAAAAAGCAAAAAUUCUCGUGAUAUAAAAUAGCAUUUGACAUCUAUUUUGUCUAUCUCAGUAGUAGCAAGUGCAAUAUCUAAAACAUGAAUUAUGUGGUUAUUUCUAGGGAUUUUAUUUCUAAAAUAUCUUCAAAAAUUAAUAUAAUUGCAAUCUUCUAUAUAAUAACAUAUUAAAGAACAUGGCGGUUAGUUGAUGGAAAGGUGUACGUAAACAAAACGUUAAGUUUUACUAAUCUUGUAAUUAACAGUUACUUGUAAAUAGUAAUAAUAAUAAUAAAUGUAUAUAAAUAUAUAUACAUAAUUGUAAAUAAUUAAAUAUAUGAUAUAUGAUUAUUAAAAACUGUACAAUAUUAUUACAUGUGAAUAAUAUACAUCUACUGUACAUUCAAAAAAUCAAUAAUUUUUUGUAAGAGUUUAAAAUCAUAUUAAUUUAUUGAGUGCUAAUUAUAAAAAAUGGCUGAUUCUGAAGAGGAAAACGAUAAAGAUAUAAUAUCUGGAAUCAAUAUGACUGGUUUUUUAUUUGGAAACAUUGAUGACAAUGGUCAAUUGGAAGAUGAUAUUCUUGAUCCAGAAGCAAAGCAACACAUAACUUCAUUAAAUAGACUUGGAUUAAGUUCAUUUAUUCGCGAAAUGAUGUUAAAUGAAGAUAUUAUUGAAGAAAAGGGUAAUGAAUCUAAUGAUAAAAUUGAAGAAGAAAAUGAUGCAGCUGAUGAAAAAGAUAUAAAUUAUGUAGAAAAAUCACCUAGUGCACUUGAUUUUUCUGAUAUAAAUGAAUUAGCAGAAGAUGAAAAAGAAGAAAGUAACAAACAGGACAUAUUUGAAGGUAAACCUGAGAAGGAAAAUGCUGAUUAUGAUGCAGAUGAUGAAGAAGUUAUUAUUAAAUCUGAUACACAAUUAAUGCCACCUCCUCCAAUACCUGAAGAAAAAGAAGCACUUACAGCAGAAGAAGCAGAAGCUGCACGUCAGCGUAAAUUAGAAACUCCCCUUGCUUCUAUGCUACCAUCAAAAUAUGCCAAUGUAGAUGUUACUGAAUUAUUUCCUGACUUUCGAGCUAAUAAAGUUCUAAGAUUUUCAAGAUUAUUUGGUCCAGGAAAACCUAGUAGUCUUCCACAAAUAUGGAGAGGUGUCAAAAGGAGACGUAAAAAGAAACGUCAUCAUGAUGUUAGAGAUUCUGAUUCUGGUUCUGAUCAGGAAGAAAAAAAAUCAAAAUUUAAAGGUUGGGUAAUGCAAUAUGGUACAGAUCAAACUCCAGAUAUGUAUUGUUCUGAUGAUGAAAAUAAAUUAUUAAUGCCAAUAGAAGAUAAAGAACAAAUUGGCAAAACAGGUGAAACUGGUGAAAAUGGAGAUAUGGGACCAAAAGUAGCAGAUUGGCGAUUUGGUCCUGCACAGCUUUGGUAUGAUAUGCUUCAAGUUCCAGAAACUGGAGAUGGUUUUAAUUAUGGAUUUAAACUUAUUGAUAAGACAGAUGAAUUAAAUAAUAAAGAUAAAAAUAUUAGAGAUACUAAUGAAGAAUUUUCUGAUGAUGCAUUUUUAAUGGUAUCACAAUUGCAUUGGGAAGAUGAUGUCAUAUGGAAUGGUGAUGAUAUAAAGCAUAAGGUAUUACAGAAAUUAAAUAGUAAAAAUAAUGCGGCUGGAUGGGUACCAUCCAGUGGAAAUAGAACUGCUCAGGCAUUUAGUCAACCAGGCAAAGGUGCACCUGUAUCAGUUACAUCAAAUGUUCGAUUAGCCACUUCACAAAUUACAACUCCAUUACAUAUGCAAUCUCAAAAAACUAAAAUGAACAUGAAUAAAGCGAAUCAACAACAAAAUCGAGAAGAAAAUUAUGACGAUACUUGGUAUUCGAUUUUUCCUGUAGAAAACGAAGAAUUGGUAUAUGGUCUUUGGGAGGAAGAAGUAAUUUGGGAUCCUGAAAAUAUGAAAAAAAUUCCUAAACCUAAAAUUCUUACUUUGGAUCCCAAUGAUGAGAAUAUUGUUCUUGGUAUUCCUGAUGAUAUAGAUCCAGCUUUAGUUCAUAAAGAUAAUGGACCUCAACCAAAAGUGAAAAUACCUCAUCCUCAUGUUAAGAAAAGUAAAUUAUUAUUGGGAAAAGCUGGAGUAAUUAAUGUAUUAGAAGAAGAUACUCCACCACCACCACCAAAAUCACCUGAUAGAGAUCCAUUUAAUAUUUCAAAUGAUACAUAUUAUAUGCCACGAUCAUCAGAAACAACAUUACGAUUAAAAGUUGGAGGUGGAAAUUUAAUACAACACAGUACACCAGUAGUAGAAUUACGUGUUCCAUUUGUUCAAACUCAUAUGGGUCCAAUGCGCCUUCGAAAUUUCCAUAGACCACCCUUAAGAAAAUUUAGUCAUGGUCCAGUUGCUCAUUCUGGUCCACAUUCUGUAUUGCCAUUAAUAAAGCACAUCAAAAAAAAAGCCAAACAAAGAGAACAAGAAAGAAUUGCAUCUGGUGGAGGUGAUGUUUUCUUCAUGAGAACUCCUGAAGAUUUAACUGGCAAAGAUGGUGAAUUAGUACUUAUUGAAUUUUCUGAAGAGCAUCCUCCUUUAAUGAAUCAAGUAGGAAUGUGUUCUAAAGUGAAAAAUUACUACAAAAGAAAAGCGGGAAAAGAUCAAGGACCACAGAAAUACAAAUAUGGUGAAACUGCUUAUGCUCAUACAAGUCCAUUUCUUGGAAUUCUUACACCUGGUCAAAGCAUACAAGCAGUUGAAAAUAAUAUGUAUAGAGCUCCAAUUUACGAGCACAAAAUUCCAGAGACAGAUUUUUUAGUUAUCAGAACAAGACAACAAUAUUAUAUCAGAGAAGUGGAUGCUUUAUUUGUUGCUGGUCAAGAAUGUCCAUUAUAUGAAGUUCCAGGUCCUAAUUCAAAGAGAGCUAAUAAUUUUGUGAGAGAUUUUUUACAAGUAUUUAUAUAUAGAUUAUUUUGGAAAUCUCGGGAUACUCCUCGACGUAUUAAAAUGGAUGAUAUUAAAAGAGCAUUUCCUUCGCAUAGCGAAAGUAGCAUUAGAAAACGUUUGAAAUUAUGUGCUGAUUUUAAAAGGACAGGCAUGGAUUCAAAUUGGUGGGUUAUAAAACCUGACUUUAGAUUACCAACAGAAGAAGAAAUUCGAGCAAUGGUCUCUCCAGAACAAUGUUGCGCUUAUUUUAGUAUGAUUGCUGCUGAACAAAGGUUAAAAGAUGCUGGAUAUGGUGAAAAGUUCCUAUUUACCCCUCAAGAUGAUGAUGAUGAAGAAAUGCAAUUAAAAAUGGAUGAUGAAGUGAAAGUUGCACCUUGGAAUACAACACGAGCAUAUAUUCAAGCUAUGAAAGGUAAAUGUUUGUUACAACUGGCAGGACCAGCUGAUCCUACAGGUUGUGGUGAAGGAUUUUCUUAUGUUCGAGUGCCAAAUAAACCUACAAUUAGCAAAGAAGAACAAGAAGCUCAACCAAAGAGAACUGUAACUGGAACUGAUGCUGAUUUAAGAAGAUUAUCAUUAAAUAAUGCAAAAGCAUUACUUCGAAAAUUUGGUGUUCCUGAAGAAGAAAUUAAAAAAUUAUCGCGAUGGGAAGUAAUUGAUGUUGUUAGAACAUUAUCUACAGAAAAGGCUAAAGCUGGUGAAGAGGGUAUGACUAAGUUUUCUCGAGGAAAUCGGUUUUCUAUUGCUGAGCAUCAAGAAAGAUAUAAAGAAGAAUGUCAAAGAAUCUUUGAUUUACAAAAUCGUGUUUUAUCUUCUAAUGAAGUUUUAAGUACAGAUGAAGGCGAAAGUUCUGAAGAAGAUAGUUCUGACAUAGAAGAGAUGGGUAAAAAUAUAGAAAAUAUGCUUUCCAAUAAGAAAACUAGUACGCAAUUAUCUCUUGAACGAGAGGAACAACAACGACAUGAAUUACGAAAAAUGUUGAUGGGAGAAGUUCAAGAACAAGAUAAAAAAACCAAAGAAAAAAAGAAAGAUGAUGAAGAGGAUAGUCCUGUAAAUAACUUUAAUUCACAACAGGGUAGGGUUCUUAAAAUUUAUCGAACGUUUAGAAAUCCAGAAGGCAAAGAAUAUACAAGGGUAGAAUUAGUAAGAAAAUCAGCGGUAAUAGAUACUUAUAUAAAAAUUAGAAAUUCUAAAGAUGAAACAUUUAUUAAACAAUUUGCAACAUUGGAUGAAGCACAAAAAGAGGAAAUGAAGAGGGAGAAAAGAAGAAUUCAGGAACAAUUACGUAGAAUUAAACGGAAUCAAGAACGAGAACGUAUGCUUGGUGGUCCAAUGACAGGAAAUAAUGCGUCGUCGAGUAAUAUAUUUGAUCGUAGUAGUAACAAUACCCCAACAACUACAUCCUCGAAUAGUAUCCUUCCAUUCUGUAAUUCUUUCCAAUCUACUUCUCCUGCUUCUAAACAUCCUAAACCUGAUAUAUCUCCUUCUAAACGUAAGAAACCUAAACUUAAACCAGAUCUUAAACUAAAAUGUGGUGCUUGUGGUAAUGUAGGUCACAUGCGUACGAAUAAAGCUUGUCCCUUAUAUCAGAAUAGCAUAACUACAGCACCAGUAAAUGUUGCGAUGACAGAGGAACAGGAGGAAGAGAUUGAAAAGCAACUCAAUACAGAUGAUCAAGAUCUCGUUAACGUAGAUGGAACUAAAGUGAAAUUAUCAUCUAAAUUAAUUAAGCAUGCUGAAGAAAUGAAAAGGCGCACGUUACUUUUGAAAGUGCCCAAGGAAGCCGUAAAUUCCAAAAAACGAAGAAGAGCUACUGGAGAUGAUCAUUGUGAUUAUCUUAAGCGACAACAAAGACCUGCCAAUAGGCGUAGAACAGAUCCUGUUGUUGUUAUGUCUACAAUGCUAGAAAGUAUACUUAACGAAAUGAGAGACUUACCUGAUGUUCAACCUUUUCUAUUUCCUGUUAAUGCCAAGGCUGUUCCUGAUUAUUAUAAAAUUAUACAAAGGCCUAUGGAUUUGCAAACUAUACGUGAAAAUUUAAGAUUAAAGAAAUAUCAAAGUCGAGAAGAAUUUUUAGCUGAUGUUAAUCAAAUUGUAGAAAAUUCAACUCUAUAUAAUGGAAUAAAAAGUUCAUUAACAGUGGCAGCCAAACGUAUGCUGGAAACUUGUGUAGAAAGACUUGGAGAAAAAGAAGAUCGUCUGAUGAGAUUAGAAAAAGCAAUUAAUCCUUUAUUGGAUGACAAUGAUCAAGUUGCUCUUACUUUUAUUUUAGACAAUGUUGUAAAUAAUAAAUUGAAAUCUAUGACAGAAGCUUGGCCAUUUUUAAAACCAGUUAAUAAGAAAUUAGUGAAAGAUUACUAUAAUGUUAUUAAGAGACCUAUGGAUUUAGAAACUAUAUCUAAAAAAGUAUCUGCACAUAAAUAUCAUAAUCGUCAUGAAUUUCUUAGAGAUAUCGAACAAAUUUUGGAAAAUUGUACAGUAUACAAUGGAAAGGAAUCUCCAUUUACACAAAAAGCAGAAUUGCUGGUGAAAGUUUGCAAAGAAACAUUAGAUGAGUAUGAUGAACAUUUAACACAGUUAGAAAACAAUAUAUUAUUAGUACAAAAACGAGCAAUGGAACAAGCAGACAUAGAUUCUUCAUGGCUUGGAGCAGAUGAAGAAAAUUAUACUAUUGUAGAACCAGAAUUUAGAGGGAGUCAAACAAGUUCACCAGAAAACCCAUUUGGAAAAACGAACAUGGAAGAUUUUGAUUUUGUAGAUGUAGAAGGAGAUAUGGAAGGUGAUGGUAGUAGAAGUGUAAAUUCUAAAAAGAAAGAUGUUCUUGAAGAAGAUUUACAAUUCUCUAGUGAAGAUGAAUUUGAUGAAGUUCCAUUUGGUACGGAUGAACAGUCUGAGAAUGCUGAAAUGGAAACACUUGAAUUGAACGAAGUUAGAGAAAAUACAGAAGGCGGAGUAGUAUUGGCAGAUGAUGAUAGUCAACAAGCAGCAGAAGCAAUGGUUCAAUUGGGUAAUGUCGGUUUUUAUAUGACGGACCAACAAUUGCUUCAGCAAGACGAAAGUAUGGAUGUAGAUCCAAAUUAUGAUCCUUCUGACUUUUUGUUAGCUGGUUUACCAGCUAGAGAUGAAAAAAGUGAAAAUAAAAUACAGGACGAUCUUGCUGUAUCUGAAAGCGAUGAUGAUGCAGAAAAUAACGCGAAACAAAAACAGAAAACAUCACAACCAUUACCGCAACCAGAAGAAGAUGUUGGUGGUGAUCUUUGGUUUUAAACAAAUAUCAUUUAUUUUUAGUAAUAAAAUUAUUUUGUAGUUUACUUCUUAAAUCAAAAGAAUUAUAUUACAAAAUGAGAAAAAAAUAAGAGAAAAUCAAAAUAUUUAUUUCUUAUAGGAAUAAUUGAAUUUCAAUAUUUGAAAUUAAAUGAAAUGUGUAUGUUUAAAAUGAAUGAUUUUAUAAAAAGGAAAAUGAAGGUUUGAAUUCCUAUAAUACAUAUCUAUGAAUAUUAUAUAUACAUAUAUGUAAAUAUAUAGUAGAAAAUUGUUUUAUAAGUAUCACGCGUAUCUUAUUUUUUAUGCAGAAUAAACUGUAUAAAAUUUAUAAAGAAAAAUAGUCAAAAUAAAAUAAUCGAAUGUAAAAGUUUGCAAAUUCAGUUUGCUUAAAACUAUUUCUAACCAAAUUUUUGUUUAUAUAGUAAAAACAAAUUUUUUACAGUAUUAAUAUAACAUUACUUAACAAUGAUUACUGAUAUGAAAUUAAAAAAUAAAAUGGAUUAUAUACAACGAAUGUGUAAAGAUUUGUCACGCGAUCAAAAUAAACUACUUAAUAAUAUAAUUUAUAUAACAAAAAAUGCAUUACCACAUCAAUUGAUAAUUUAUGAUCCAAAUAAUAUUAUUGUAUGUAUUAUUCAACUUUAUUUUUAUUAUUAUGAUAUAUUGCUUCGAACUGAUAAUAUAUGCAUAUAUAAACGAAGAAAAAGAUAUCGACAUGCCAGAGAAUGUUACAAUAAUUUAUUGAAAAUAUAUAUUCCUAAAAAGUCUAGAGAAACUCUUGAAAUUAUACUUGAUACAAUUUGUGAAAAUAAACUUUGGGAGUUUGAAACCUUUUGUUUUGAACUUAUAUGUGAUUUAUUGAAAUAUGGUCUUAGUGGAUCAUUAAUGUUUCAUGCUAUGUGGGAUAAAAUUGAAGGUCCAAAUAUGAAUAUAGAAGAUUCAAAAAGAGUCAUGAGAAUAUUAUAUGAAUUAUUAAAUGUUUAUGAAUGGCCAAAUACUCAUGAUACAAUAAUAGUUAUUGAAAGAAUUUUAAAUCUUUUUUAUAUUUCUAUAACUACUACAGAAUCAACAAUUAAUUUUAUACCAUAUGCAACACUUAAAAAAAGUUUGGAAGUUUGUAUCAUUAAUAUGGUAAAACAUAUAUAUAAUUAUCAUCUUCUCAUCAUAAUUCAUCAUAUGUGUUCAUGGGUUGUUGAAACAGAAAUGACUGAUGAAUUUAUAUUACAAUUUGGUAGUACACUUGAAUAUAUAGCCUUCAUACAUAAUGUAACAUUAUACGAGAAAACUUUAACUCCAAAGAUAUUUCCAUUAUUAAUGGAAAUGAUAGCAUCAACAAGUAAGAUAAGCAGCUUAUUAGGUAAUCGAGUUAUUCAACAUUUGCUUGAUAGAAAAGAAAAUAAAGCAAAUUUUGAUACACCUAAGAUAUUUUUUGAAGAUGCUAACUUUGACAUAAAAAUGGAACGAUAUUAUAAAGAAGAUAAACUAUUCUGUAAAUAUCAUAGAGAAAUUUUACAUGACAGUUUUCUAAAAGGUAUUUUAAAUCAUUGUACAUCACGUAUGAAUUUAGAAUCAAUAUAUUGUACAAUAUGUCUGAUUGCUGUAGAAGUUCCAUGUGGAUUUACAGCAGCAGCUGUAGUUUGUCUUUUAAUGAAUUUACAAGAUAUAACUUUAAAAGGACAAAAUAAACGUCAUGUUGAAAUAUCGUAUCAUAUACAUGCAACAGUGAUAGCAAUUAUGUCUCUUUUAUGUUGGAUUCAUAAAGCUGAUGUAUUUUACGAAUAUGUGAAUAAAAUAAUGUUGGAAAGGGCACAA